UCGAGCAAUCCAGCUGGCCAGUAGCAAGGGGUGCGCAACAGCGAACGGAACAAUGAACGGAAGUUUGGCGAACGGACUGAACGAGGCUGGUGGUCGCAAUACGGUCCCGAAGCAGAUCGUAGAUUUCGAUCGCAGCAUCUCGGUGUACAGUGAGCGCGAUGUGCAGUGUGGAUUUUGGGUGUGCCGUGGCCGUUUCUGGCAACGAUUGGCCAGCAAGAAGCUGUACGUCCUGCUGUUUGGCGUGAUCGGUUGUAUCCUCAACUCGACCACAUCCUACUUCUACGGCACGUUGACGACGGUCGAGAAGAGCAUUCAAAUCUCGUCGAAAGCGGUCGGUAUGAUUAUGGUCGGAUCGGAUCUUUCGUUCGUGCUGUCGUCCCUCUUUCUGUCCUACUAUGCCUCGAACCGUCGGAAACCGUUGUGGAUCGCAAUGGGCAUCGUCAGCAUGGCGUUAUCCUGUUUCGUCAACGCACUGCCACAUUUUCUGUUCGCACCGGAACAUGUUCCUGUUGCAGUGACCGGUAACUGGAGUAGCACAGCGGUAACGGUACCAUCCUCGACGGCCGACAAUCUGUGCCUAGUGGAUCGACAACCACCGGACUGUUCGCUGGACAGUGGGAAUCUGCGUCCGCAGUUGGUGCUGUUCUUCGGUAGUUUCCUGUCUGGCCUUGGUACCUCGCUGUACUUUACCCUCGGGCUCACCUAUCUCGAUGAUAAUGUGCGCAAGGAGAAGGUUCCGGUAUUGACCAGUUUGGCUGCGUGCGGUCGUCGUCUUGGGCCACUGGUUGGCUUCUCGUUGGCCUCGCUGUCACUGAAGUACUUUGUGCACAUCGGUGAAGAUCCAGGAUAUGGGGCGAGUGAUCCACGCUGGAUCGGUGCCUGGUGGCUCGGUUGGAUCAUUCUCGGUUCGCUGCUUCUCUCCAUUUCGCCCAUCUUUGCAAGCUUCCCGAAGGUGUUGCCCCGUGCGGCAGAACGAAUCUCGCUGUCACGUCAAGCCAGUCGCAUUAGUGAGGCAACCGGGACCGGAGAGGGUCAGGAUGAGGAACGGAUUGUUUCGUUCCGCGAUAUGCUGGUCACGGUGCGCCGGCUCCUCACGAACAAGGCCUAUGUGUUUAACAAUUCGGCCAGCAUCUUCUACUUCUUCGGGUAUAUGCCGUUCUUUCUGUUCCAGGCCAAGUACAUCGAGAUCCAGUAUCGGUUGACGCCAUCGCAGGCCAACAUGGUGACGGGCUCGGUAUCGUUGGUUUUCUCUGCCCUCGGAGUACUGAUCGCCGGUUGGGUUAUCCAGAAGAUACGACCGACGUCCCGGCAGCUGGCUGGAUGGAAUAUAGUGACGAGCGUGUUGUCGGCCGCUGGUAUCAUAGCGUACGCCUGGUUCGGUUGCUCGGCCCUCAACAAUGCCGCCAUCGUGGCCAAUUCUCAGGAAGCAUCAUGUAGCGCAAACUGCAACUGCGACUUUGUGAAAUACUCCCCGAUCUGUGGCAGCGAUGGCCAGACUUACAUUUCUCCCUGUCACGCCGGAUGCCGGGAUCAGUUCAAGCAACCCAACGGAACGCUGCUAUACAGCAACUGCAGCUGCAUUUCAUCGGACCUGCCGUCGGACUUUGGCGGAUCAGCCAUCACCGGAAGCUGUCCGGUCGAUUGCUGGACACCGUUCUAUCUCUUCCUGAUCGUGGUGUGUUUGAACAAGUUCAUCGGUGGCACUGAAUCAGCCGCAAACUUCCUGAUCGGUCUACGGUGCGUUGAACCACGCGAUAAAGCCAUCUCGAUGGGAUUCUCGAUGGCCAUCAACACGCUGUUCUCCUUUCUUCCGGCACCAAUCGUGUUCGGUUGGAUUAUCGAUCGGACGUGUGUGCUUUGGGGUCGAACGUGUGCCAAACAGGGCAACUGUUGGCUGUACGAUGGUGAAGCAUUGCGAACGACGAUGAAUUACACGGCGGCUGUUUUUGUUAUCAUUGGAACGUGCUUCGAUCUCGGUACUUGGUAUUACUCGAAGAACUUUAAGAUAUUCGAUGACGAGGGCAAUGGAGCUGGUGCUGAGGGGAAAGAGAUGGAGUCACUUGUGACGCGAAAGGAGAAACCGAGCGUCGAAUGAGAUUGGAUAGCAGAAGACGUUCAGAUUGUUAAGAGCGCGAAUAUGGGAAUAAACCUGAAAUUACUUCUUG